AUGGAGCGCAGGGGCACCGAGGCCACAGAGGGUGCCGAUGCGCAGGGCUUAAAAGCCUCUAAGGCGUCGAGGCGCCGAGUCCUCGAGGCACAGAGAGUGUCGAAGCACCAAGGUACCGAGGCUCUGGGGCAGCGUGGCACCGAAGGCGCUACUGCAAAGGACUUGAAAAUCCUCAAGGCGUUGAAGUGCCGAGGAUACCAAAGCACAGAGGCUAUGGAGCACCGAGUUUUUGUGAAAAGCGUCCUAGAAGAGAAUAAUGAAUAUACUGAUAGUCAGGAUAAUGAACUGGAAGCCCUUGCUUCCAUCUACGGAGAAGAUUUUCAGGAUCUACGGAAAAGUCUACCGUGGAAGGUUAAACGUCCACCAGAGGUUUUCUUAUCCCUGCGUCCUCAGGGUUUGACAAGUCGUCAGGAGACUUAUGUCACCAUUGAUCUGUGGGUACAAUGCCCACCUACAUACCCUGAUGUGCCCCCAGAAGUUGAGUUGAAGAAUGUCAAAGGGCUGUCCACUGAGAACCUGCAGAACCUCCAAUCAGAGCUGAAGAAGUUGGCAGCAGAACUCUGUGGAGAGGUAAUGAUAUUCCAGCUUGCUGAGCAUGUGCAGUGUUUUCUGAGUGAGCACAACAUUCCACCUCCCAAGUCGUUCCAUGAAGAGAUGCUGAAGAACCAGCAGCGUCGGCAGGAGAAGCUAGCACAAGAACAACAGCAGAGAAUUGACCAGCAAAGGAAGCAUGAGGAACAAAUGCAAAAUGAAUUUCGGGCUGAAAUACAGAGACAAGAGGAAGAGAAGAAAGAAGAAAAGAAAAGGAAAGAAAUGGCCAAACAGGAACGUUUGGAAAAUGCUGCUAUGACCAGACCAGAAAGCCCCAAGCUGGUAUGUGCCAGUGGAGGAACAGCGGACCAACCAGAAGCCAAACGAAGGGGGAACAAUCGAAGACGAGCCCACUCCAGUGGACAUUCCAGAAGGGACAGACAGCAUUCCUGUUGUAGUAAUGAGGAAAGCACCAGACCACUUGAAGUUUUGCAAUUUAGUGCUGGAUCAAGGGGUGAUAUCACUGUGUUCAGAGGAAAGUGCAUUGGGGAGAGUGAGCAGCUGGGACGCAGGGUUUACUAUGCCUUCGAGGCAACCUCAGGAGACUUUGUGAUUGUGUACGAAUGGAUUCUGCAAUGGAAUAAGAAGAUGGGGAAGUUUUUCACAACCCAAGAAAAGGACAAAAUUGAAAAGUGUAAGAAGCAGAUUCAAGGAGCAGAGAGUGAACUAAAUUCAUUAUUAAAACUGGAUCACCCAAACCUUGUACAUUAUACUGCCUUGAGCCACAGAGAGCAUGAGGACUCCAUUGUGAUAAACCUCUUGGUAGAACACAUCAACGGAUCCAGUCUCUCCUGCAGUCUCAGCAAAAGCACUCCACUUCCGAUUGACCAAAUCCGUAACUAUGCAUCGCAGCUUCUCACUGUGCUCGACUUCCUCCACAGCAACUCCGUAGUUCACAAAGUGUUAUCCGGUGUUUUAGUGGACAGUGAGGGCAAUGUGAAGCUGACAGACUACAGUAUUUCCAAACGCCUGGCUGAGAUUUGUAAGGAGGACAUUUUUGAGCAAACGAGGGUGCGCUUUUGUGAAGAUGCUCUACCAAGAAAGACUGGGAAGAAGGGAGAUGUGUGGAAUCUGGGGCUCUUGUUGCUUGCACUUAGCCUGGGCAAAGAAGUGAAGCAGUAUCCACUAACUGUUCCCUCUAGCUUGCCAAGUGACUUCCAGGAUUUCCUGCACAAGUGUGUUUGCGUAGAUGACACAGAGCGAUGGAACACUCAACAGCUACUGGAACAUGCAUUUGUAAAUCCUCCGCUAGUGAAAACACCAUCACAGCUCAAAGAAGACAGCCCGGAAGAGACAGGAAUAGACUUUGUUUCAACAAUGACACCCAGCAAUUAUAUCCUAAAUGCUCCUUUUGGUCCAGAAAUACAUAAGCAGUUUUCGCGGUAUUACACUGAGUUUGAGGAACUGAAGCUUCUUGGGAAAGGGGCAUUUGGAGCAGUUAUUAAGGUCCAGAACAAACUGGAUGGCUGUUCCUACGCUGUGAAACGAAUUCAAGUGAAUCCAGCAAGCAAGCAGUUCCGCAGAAUAAAGGGAGAAGUCACUUUACUUUCUCGACUCAAUCAUGAAAACAUUGUGCGUUACUACAACGCAUGGAUUGAAAAACAACAGAUGCCCUCUAGUGGUGUCCUAAGCAAUGAAAGCUCAGAAGAGAAGACUUCCAAUGCCAGUCCUCUCCAGGAUAAGGUAAACGAGCUGGGGUUGAUGGACAAUGUGGAAGACAAUGCCCCUCCUCCUGCUUUGGCGAGCUCCGUGGAGUGUAGUACCACUGUUGAGAAGUCCUCGAGAGCCAAACGUGGUGGAGAAGAUCAGGAGUCCAGUGAUGAUGAAGAUGUGUUCUGCGCCUCUUUCCGCGCCUAUAACAGUGACUGCGACAGUGACAUCAUAUUUGCAAAUGGGGAUGGCAGCAGAGACGGUCACUCACAGGAGGAAGAAAGUAAGAGGAAUGCUGCUGGCCCUUUGUCUGCUCCAGAGAGCAGUGAGGAGGAGAGACCAGUCCUGUUGACAGUCCACUAUCUGUACAUUCAGAUGGAAUACUGUGAAAGAAGCACUUUAAGAGAUACCAUCGACCGAGGGUUAUAUCAGGACAAUAGCCGUCUUUGGAGACUUUUCAGAGAAAUCCUUGAUGGGCUGGCAUACAUCCAUGAACAGGGAAUGAUUCACAGAGACCUGAAGCCUGUUAAUAUCUUUCUUGAUUCCAAUGACCAUGUGAAAAUAGGAGACUUUGGAUUGGCUACAGAUCAUCCAGCUAAUGUGGCUGCAGACAAGUGUGAAGUAGAAGACAAUGUCCAUGUUAUCAAACAAGAUGCAACAGACAAUAUGACUGGAAUGGUUGGCACAGCCUUAUAUGUGAGCCCAGAAGUUGAAGGCAGUACCAGAGCUGCAUACAAUCGGAAAGUCGACCUGUUUAGCCUGGGAAUUAUCUUCUUUGAGAUGUCUUACCGUCCAAUGACUACUGCCUCAGAAAGGAUCUCUGUGCUCAGUCAGCUGCGCCUGGUAAGCAGAGCAUGUAUCCCUUUUCCUGAAGAUUUUGAUUAUGACAAAACUGAGACAGGUACCCAGAGACGGGUCAUUACUUGGCUUUUGGAACACGAUCCAGCCCUGAGGCCGACAGCCGCAGAGCUGUUGAAAAGCGAGCACCUGCCUCCCUCCCAGGUGGAGGAAUCUGAGCUGCAUGAGGUGUUGCACCACACGCUGGCUAACCUGAAUGGAAAAGCCUACCGCAACAUGCUCAAUCUGCUCUUCUCACAAAAUAUCUCACCAGUGAUGGACUACACGUAUGACAUUGACCUCUGCAAGGGAAGUUAUUCAUCCCAUGGUGCCAAACUACAGCAAUAUGUAUAUGAAACAGUAACCAGGGUCUUUAAAAUGCAUGGAGCGGUAAAAUUGCAAACCCCUCUUUUUAUGCCAAAGAAUAAGAAAUUGUAUGAGGGCAUUGAGGUUGCAUGUUUCAUGGACCACAGGGGGAUGCUUGUGAUGGUGCCAUAUGAUCUCAGGAUUAUGUUUGCAAGAUUUGUUGCAAAAAACAACAUUACAAACUUGAAAAGAUACAGUAUUGAGAGAGUGUUCCGUCCCCGGAAGUUAGAUCGCUCUCAUCCCAGAGAGCUAUUGGAAUGUGCCUUCGAUAUCGUCACAUCAACAACAAACAGCCUUUUACCAGAGGCAGAGACGAUAUACACUAUAUCUGAAAUCAUUUACGAAUUUCCAGUACUUCAGGAAAGAAACUACAGCAUUUACCUAAACCACACCUGCCUCCUUAAAGCGAUAUUGCUACACUGUGGAAUACCUGAGGAUAAACUAAGUCAAUCUUCCACUAUUCUAUAUGAAGCAAUGAGUGAAAAGCUGACAAGACAGGUGCUUGAAGCCAAAUUUUGCAAUCUUUCACUGUCAACAAAAAGUCUGCAAACACUCUAUAAGUAUAUAGAUCAGAAAGGGGACCUGCCGGAACUGAGCCCAUUAAUAAACACCCUGACCAAGCAGAAAACAGCCGUCGCUCAGCUGGCAAAACAGGGCAUGAAGGACCUGGAGGAGGUCACUGGGCUCUUAAAGAAACUAGGUGUGAAACUGCAGGUGGUCAUCAAUCUCGGUCUGUUCUAUAAAGUUCAGCACCACAGCGGGAUCAUUUUUCAGUUUGUAGCGUUUGUCAAGCGAAGGCACAGGACAGUACCAGAUAUUGUGGCAGCUGGUGGAAGAUAUGAUCACCUGAUCCCACAGUUCAGAGGACCCGAGUUAUCAGGACCAAUCCCUUCUGCUGUAGGAGCCAGUUUAGCUCUGGAAAAAAUCUGUGCUGCUCUUGCUAGCAUGGAAGAACCUCCUUCAAUAAGCUGCUGUGACAUGCUGGUGGUUUCUGUUGGCCAGGCGUCGAUGGAUAGAGCUAUUAAAAUCCUUCAGAAACUCUGGACAGCUGGGGUGUCGGCUGAUGUCAUGUACGAUGUGUCGCAGUCACAAGAAACUGUGCAGGAACAUUGCAAACAUGUUGGAAUCGCCUGUGUAGCAUUCGUUUCUGAAAAAGAGGGAAACUACAUCAAGGUCAAAUCAUUUGAAAAGGACCGGCAAUCAGAAAAGAAGAUUUUAGAGACAGAUUUAGUGGACCACCUCGUUCAAAAAUUCAGGACCAAAUUUUCUGAUGACGGGUUUACCAGAGAUGUAUCUGAAAAUGGUGCCCUCCAGAACCCCAAAGCAUCACUUCUGCUUACUUCAGGAUCAUCUGAGCCAUAUGGAAGCCGCACAGUGCUGAAUGUGAAUGUUGUCGCGCCUGAAAAAUUGUCUGCCAGCGCAAGAAGACGAUAUGAAACGCAGAUACAAUCAAGACUGCAGAAUAUGGCCAGUAAUUUUCAAAACAAAUAUAAUGACAUGGAAGUGUUAGCAAUUGACUUGCCCAAGGAAAUGUUAAUACACUUCUUGACACUUGAGUAUGAUGGGGACGAGCAAAUGUUUUAUGCAAGUGUGAAACAGUUGCUCUCUCGACUGCCAAAGCAACGAUAUUUAAAAUCAAUCUGUGAAGAAAUUCACCAGUUCAAAAUAGUUAAGAGGGUGGCAGUGCUGGUUUUGUACAGCUAUAAAGAUGAUUACUACAAGGUUCUCUCUUAAACUUUAACAAAACAGAUUUCCACGAAGAGCAAAAUCCUUAGUGUUUUUUUCUGCCUUCUGUAUUUUCUUCAUGUUUAUACAUAUGUUUAAAAUGUUAGACACACUUGCAUACUGUAGAUUGCAAAAGGAGGAGAUGUGUAAAAACAUUUGAUUCAUGGUUAUAAAAUAACUAUCUUUUUAUUAAAGAAUAUUGCUUACAUGGUUGCAAAGAGGCUGUGUGAACAUAAACUUCUCUUGUUGAACCAGGAUAGUAAUGAGAUGUAUUUCAGUCGUUUUUAUAAAAAAAAUAAAUAAAAAAACGAAUACAAACAAAAGGUGGUCUGCUUACCUUAAAAAUGAUUAUGCUAAAUAAAGUAUUCUUAGUUUUUUUUUUUUAGGUUCUUGGUCCAACGGCACUAAAUUUAAAGUCACUGAUGUUUGUGGAUGUCCAUAGGCUGUAGCAAGCUUUUGGAUUUGAAUUAUUUACAGUUUAUAGGCUGAAGUAAAGUAAUUGUAGCCAACAAAAGCAUGACAUCUGGCCCUACACUAGGGGCAAGUGAAACUGUCUGCACCUCUUGAGCACAUACUUACCUGUCAGUAACCAAUCAGCUGUUUUCCCUGAUGACUGUCAUGCUUUGACCUUGAAGGCACUGCAAGGGGGAAUUGACCAAGGAAGUAAAGCAGUAACAGACUUCCUGGAGGGCAAGGCAAGCAACCUGAGAACUUCCUUGAACUUGUACCAGGUGUCAUGAUUUCAAAUGUGUUUAUUCAGAACUGCACAUUUGAACCCUAUAUAGUGAAUAAAUAUCUGCGAACAUCUCAAACCCCUGAGCAGAUGCUGAGACAUGUUAAUUUGUCAUCCAAGAUUUGUGCAAUGUGGGGCCUGUGAAAGUUUAUCAUUGAACUAUACCUAUUCGUGCCAUAUUGACACUGGCAUUGCCUAUGGCUGUUCAACAGUGUGGUGCAGAGAGCUUCGUCUGCUCUUCAUUAACAGCCAAGCUAACCUGGGCAAUUUGCCACCCAUGAACCGGAAAAAAGGCUCUUUCAAAACAAGUUUCAAAUAAGAGCCCACUCAGUUUUCAAACGAGGGGUAUUUAACCCUUUCAGUUCU